UAAAGCUUUCAUUUGAUGUGAAAAAACAAUUUUAAAGUUAAAAGUAGCUAAAGGGAGGGUGUAACCCUUGCUAUUUGCUUUUUGGACUUCUUCUACAUCUUUUUGUCUCUUAUCAUAAAACCUCAUUAACCAAUCCCUUAACUUCUCAUCCUUCUCCAUUUUCUACCUUCAGAAGUCCUAACCCUUCUCUCUCUCGCUCGCUCGCUCUCUGCUUUCUUGGAUCUUCUCUCAGGUCGUGGCUGGUCAUCCUUGAUUUUUUUCCUCCUUUUCUGGGUGAAAGAUUAGCCAAGUGAUCAACUUUCGAGUUAUAUAUCAAGUUGAGGAGAAGUUGAAAAGGAAAUGGUUUCAUUGCCACCUGGUUUCAGGUUUCAUCCCACAGACGAAGAACUUGUUGCUUACUAUUUGAAAAGAAAGAUUAAUGGUCGCAAAAUAGAACUUGAGAUCAUUCCUGAAGUUGAUCUUUACAAAUGUGAGCCUUGGGAUUUACCAGGGAAGUCUUUAUUGCCUAGUAAAGAUCUUGAAUGGUAUUUCUUCAGUCCCUGUAACCGUAAAUAUCCGAACGGAUCGAGGACUAAUCGGGCAACGAAAGCCGGAUACUGGAAAGCCACCGGAAAAGAUCGGAAAGUGAAUUCUCAGAUGAGAGCUGUAGGUAUGAAGAAGACAUUAGUGUAUUACAGAGGAAGAGCACCUCAUGGAGGUAGAACUGAUUGGAUUAUGCAUGAAUAUCGUUUGAAUGAAAGAGAAUGUGAAGUUGCAAAUGGUUUGCAGGAUGCUUAUGCACUUUGCCGUAUAUUCAAGAAGAGUUUGAAUGCACCAAAAGUGGUUGAUCCUUAUGCUAGUGAUCGAUCCUCGAGUAUUGAUCUUUAUUCUGAUGGAAGAUGUGAUGAUAAUAUGGAGAGCUCUGAUUAUAGAAGACCAACCCAAGAAUCUCCAUUGCAUUUAGCUGCAGCUGGUCCAAGUGAUGAUGACAAAUGGGUUCAAUAUUUAUCAUCAGAUGAAGCUUUUAGUUUCAACGUCAGUACUCCUCCAUCAAUUCCAAAUUAUGGAACAUUGCCAUAUGCACCACCCAAGGUAAAUAUAGCAUUAGAGUGUGCAAAGUUGCAGCAUAGGUUGGCAUUACCUCCAUUGGAGGUUCAAGAUUUCCCACAAGCUGGCUAUGUUAAUUAUUCCAGGAUGUCUCAAUCAAGUAAUAAUAUCCAUCAAAAUACAAAUCAAACAGAUAUUAUCCAAGAAAUCUUUUCAGUUGCUCAAGCUUCACAAGAUCAUAUAAAUCAAGAUUCAUUUGGUGGAAAUUAUGCUAACCAAAUUCAUGACUUGGGUUCUUUCAAUUUUAUGGAACAAUUUAAUGAAGACCAUAAUGGUAGAUCAAUCGAGAUAGGUGGUUUAGAUGAAGAUUUUAAAUCUGAUAGAAUUGUAGAAAAUUUGAGAUGGAUAGGAAUGUCGGACAUGGAUCUUGAGAAGUCAUAUCUUGAGGACUACAAGACGGUGCCAAUAGAAAAUGUUUCAGCUGUCCUGAAAGAAGAAUACGAGCUUGAAGGUAUUACAUAUUUUCUUAACUUUUUCUUGAAUUAUCUCCUGUUUAUUAAGUAUAUGGAUUUAUAUUAUUCACAUUGA